UGGCGGAGGACUGCCAUCAUUUUAAUUAGGUUAGCUAUGAGGCCUUUUCUCUGGUUUCUCAUUUUAAGGCGACAGAAUUUAUCUAAUAUUUAAAAAUCUGAUGUGAUUUGAGAAAGCACACUUUGGCCUGACAUAGACAGAAGCACAGCUUUAACAGGGAGGUCAUUUCUGCUACGUUUUAUCUUAUGAUCUAAAUGCAGUGACGUCUGCAGGAAAGACUACCAAAAUAACCUCGUUCUGAUGUUUAUGAAAUUGGAAAGAAACAUAAGCCUUCAUUCUAUUAAUGACACAAUCAAAUAUGUGAAUGAACCAUGUCAGGAGGAAGUCAGCGUGUCACAGUGAUCCCACACUGAUAAAACAGGAUUAUGUGACCGGCAGGAAUAGAUCAGAAAGAUUUAUACAACAGGAUGGUCUAACAGUUACAAUAAAAACCUUUUGAAGUUUGUAGGACUUACAUGUACUCUAUUCAAAUUACAAAUUCAAUAUGUUAUUACAGUUAUGUAUGUGUUUAAUGGUAACAUAUGAUCAAUGUUCCAUUGAGACAUGACACAAUGUAGAAGCAUAUUUUAUGCUGUUUAUCGUAUGAUUAUAUGACACAGUUUGGUACAUUUUACAUUUUAACAAAUAAGCUUGACGCUGAUAGGUCGCUUUAUAAUCUAAACCCAGGCUGAAGAAGGAUCCAACCCACCAGACCACAAGAUACUUCUUAUACAUAAGGCAAUAUGUCAGGAAUUGAUUUAUUUAAAUCAUGCGUCAUUUUUUCUGCUUGAAAUGGUACACUGAUUGGAGAGGCACUAUGUAAAGUAAAUCAGCAUCAACUACAUGCACUCAAUGCUGGUUCUGCCAUUUAGAAACAAUUAGGGACUCAGUGUUAUCCCCAAGGACACCUUGACAUGUGGACUAGAACCGCCAGUCUUUGGAUCAAGAGGACAAUGAACCGCUGAGCCACAAUCGCCCUGACAUUGAUCAACACUUGUUUGAUUUAAUUAUAAAGUCUAUUAUCCAACUAAGACAACCACCGCUGACUAACCAGGGUUGACAUCCAAUAUGAGCAAGUUUCAUCCUGGAUACCUGCCUCCUGUGUGCUCUAUAAAGACCGAGGCUAUCCAGCAUCGUUACACUGUCUGCAGACUCUAAAAGGGAUGAUUGCUGCUCGGGUCAGCAGAGUGAUGUUCCUUUUGAUGUCUGGUUUGUUUCUCGGAGCCACAUUUUCCAUUUGGCCCCUGACCCCGGCAGCGGCCUUCCAGCUUCCGCCAUGCCAGCUCAUCAACCAGACCGUGUCUCUGGAGAAGGAAGGCUGUCCAAAGUGCCACUCAGUGGAAACUACCAUCUGCAGCGGUCAUUGUAUCACCAAGGACCCUGUCGUCAAGACACCAUUCAGCAAUGUUUAUCAGCAUGUGUGCACAUACCGGGACUUUUACUACAGGACAUUUGAGCUCCCUGACUGUCCUCCUGGUGUGGACCCGACUGUGACCUACCCUGUGGCUCUGAGCUGUCACUGUGGCCGCUGUGCCAUGGACACAUCUGACUGCACCUUCGAGAGUCUGCAGCCCAACUUCUGCAUGAAUGACAUACCUUUCUACUUCUAGUCACCUGUGUAGAGUUAUAUAGCACAUUAAAAGGCAUCACACAUGUAGAAACAGUGGUUACUUACUCUUGGUAUCCAAUUACUUUACAGUAAAUAAAGAUUGUCAUGGUUACCAGAGCAAUCACUUUCUAUUGCUCAUGCAUUUAAAGGUGUGGAAAUACCCUCUCUUAACUUUACUUCGAAGAUCUAUAACACCAAACCACAAAACCAUAUAUGUCCUUCCAUAUUUUUAAGAACUGUGAGUAACUCUUGUGUGUGUUAUAUUACGCCAUACUUUCAAGAUCGUGUAUG